GCUGUGCCAUUUGAAAGUCGUCUAGCGUCUAGUGCUGAACAAUCCUGCGCUAAUCUUAGCAUCGCGGAUUCGCGUCAUUCCGCAUUCAGGCCUUCGCAGUACCGGCGCAUACGCUCGCUGACAGUGAGCUCAGUUCGAAUUUGGCGGGCAGUCAGUAGCGGUCAAGCAACGCACGCGCCCUUGACGAAGUCGCCCGAACAUAGCGAACGGCCGAAAAGUUCGCUUGUUUUGUUUACUUACUGUUUUAUUUUUUAUUGAACUCCUACGUCUAGUGAUAAUGUGUAUAAGUUUGUAUUAUCUUUAAGUGAAAACAUACGUAAAAACAAAUCGGUGUAAACUGGAGCACGUAUUGAAUUGACGACGCCCAGACUGACGGUGGUACGAGCCGCGUAUCGUAUAUACAUUUACUACCGAGCGUAAACAAUAAUGGACGGAGAAAGAAAAAUAAACUUAUGCGAAGGUGUCCCGUUGAACUCAGGUGCGGCGAACAUAUUUUUAAAUACAAGUAAAACAAGAGACUCUAAAUUAAAUUCACACGAUGGGACAGUCAUACAUUUAAAAACAGAAAAACCGUCCGACUUGGGUUUGCAUAUAAACACGACAUUCUCAGUGGCGUCUUCCAAGAAAAUAAAGCUUUUGUUCGUGUUAAAUUUUUUACUGAGCGUUAUUUGCAUGGCGAUCAGUUGUUCCAUCGCAUUUUACUAUUGGAAUGAAAUGAUCUCUAUGAGAAGACAACUAGACGGGUUAAAGGACCAUAUGAUUCAAAACCUGAGCCAUGAUAAACAAAGCGAGUUUGUGGCACCGCCAAGGCCGGUAGCUGAGGCGCGAAGGGCGCGCAUGGAGACCUACAGCGACGACCCAGCACAAAAGACACGAAAGUACUAUGUGGAAAAUUUCGGAGAUGACAUGUUACUGGUAGAUUCUAAGAAGAAACACUCAAACAAAGAUAUUGACUCAGCACUUGAUUUACCCUUCCAAAACAAAGAGUUGCUGAUAGCCCAGUUCAAUGGUGCCAGACAUGAGCUCAAUCUGGGGAAAGAAUCCCUGAUAGGCCCGUGGGUCCGAGACACCCAGGUGUCAUCCAAAAGCAGCUACGAUAAAAUUGUAUUGAUUAACGACACCUACGUCACUGUUAAAGAAGAGGGACUGUAUUUAAUUUAUGCACAAGUGGUGUAUUUAACGAAAGUGCCUACGGUUUUCUACAUAUGGGCGGUUCAUCAUGACGCGGAACGGUUGCUGGCCGUAUGCGCAAGCGGGGACGAUUCGAGCGGCCGCACGCCCGCCAAGUCUCAGAUAUCGUGCUCCGCCCAGGCCUUCGCGCGUCUCCAACCCGGCGACACCAUCAACCUUGCCCAACGAGACCCCAACAGAACCGUAUGGCUCCGACCUGGCUACUCAUUCUUCGGUUUAAUUAAACUUUCCUAAAUUGGCUGUGAUUUGCAUAUCAGCGGCGGUGGAAAUUGUCGCGGUGAGUCAAAAAUAUAAAGCUUGACUUUGUAGUUUAGUGAGGUGCAUAGCACUUGAAGACUUGGUGUACAUUUGAAGGCUGUAAAAUAGUAAGGAUCGUAGAUUUGUAGAAAAAUGUCAGACUACUGAUCAGUUUGGUACUAUGGGCCUAUAACUCGCCAAUUUAUACUUUUUGUAUCCAUCGCCGUUAAUUUAAGGGUAGUGUGUGUGUUGGUUUUUCCUAAACAAAAUAAAGUAUGUAUUGCCGGUGGUAAGAAAUGGUGCUAAUAUUGUAAUUGGAGUCGGUGAGACUUUAUUGUUUGUAUUGAGUGUGCCAUAAUGUACAUAGGGACCUUUAAAUAUAAAAUAUACAUCACAUUGUACUUAUGUCCACUUCUCAUAAUAUGUAAACUAAUGAAAUAUAAACUUUAUUGUAAUCCCCAAAACUAGUUAUUAGGGAACGUUCGUAUCCGUUAUAAAAACUAUUUAGCAAAAAUAAACCCGCUUACAUUGCUCGUGUUUUAAGAAGUUCUCAGUGACACAUGUAUAAUGUUAAAUUAUUUUUGAUUUAGGUGGUUUUAUUUUUGUUAACAAAUUUAUUUUUUUGGAAGAGAUAGACCCAAACAGCACGUGGCAGAAAAAAAAAUUCGAAAUGCUAUUUAAUUUUGCGAAUUGAGUUCCCCUCAUCAUCUACCAAUUCGAGUGUAUUAUACCAAUAUAAUUAAAAUGGUAACAUUUUGGAGCUAUAAAAAAAAUAACGCAAAAAGAAUUUUCACAAUAAGUCCAUAAUUGUCGGAGAAAUAAGUGAACAUACAUAAAAAUGUGUUUCAUAUAGUUGAACAUAAAACCUCCUUUAUUGAAGGUGAAAAAUUGAUCUCACUGUCGGUCGAAGAGUAUCCCACAAGUGUAAUGUUUAUUUAUGACGCGGGAUGAUAUGUUGAAUGUAUUUAGUGUAGUAUACUCCGCCCUAAAAUGCUAGCCACCUCUUGCAAUAUACCAACGAUAGGAGACGGAUAUUCGUGCCGCAACAAACAAUGUUUCUAAAGUGUAUUCAUAAAUACAUGCAUAAACAAAGUACCAUUAUUAUACAGGAAGUUGCCCAAGAGAGCAGAAACUAGGGGAAUUAUUUAAUAAGUGUGUAGAUAUUUGUUUACAUUUGUGGUACUAGGUUUUUGAUUUGGCUAUGUGACGUCGAUGACAUAUCUGCCACACAACAGGAGAUACCUAGCAUUUGUGUGCAAACCUUAUAAAGUUACGUCUUUGCUCAGAUGCAUUAUUUGCAUUUAUUUUACAUUUAUAAUUAUACAAUAAUUAUUAUACGCAAUAUACUUUGCGACCAUAAAAUUACUUAAUUGUAUUCAGUAGUUGUUAAGAUUUAUUUUUUGGUUAAACAGUGAAGUUUGUGUUGAUAUUAUUAGCCUUAGAUGGCAUUUUAAAAUAUGAAUUGACAUAGGUCUACUAUGUGUUGAUGCAAGAUUUGCGCCCAUUUGUUAAUUAAUAUGUCUGUCUAGACACUAAUUUUAUUAGACAAAACGUGCUUCCACUUAAUUUUUAUUAUGUUCAAGGAUAUUUUUUAGGAACUAGCCCGAUUCUAGAUAGAUAUUUAUACAGGGUGUAUUUUUGAGACGGGGAAGCGAGGUUAAUUCCUGACUUUAAAAGUACUCAAACCUCUUACGAUCCCCCAUACAGUCUUCUGCUUCUUAUAGGCAACAUAAUCGGUUGGCAUAAAAAAAGUUUUUGCAAAAAUCUCCCAUUUUCUUGUUGACUGCGCAUUUAUUUCAAAAUUUAUCAAUGCAGAUCUUAGUUUCUUCAAAAAUUAUGGACAAUCACUUAAGAAAAAAUUUUCUUGUUGCUACAGCGUAAGAUAGCUGCCCCAUUUCAGAAAUCAACCCUGUGUAAUAACAAGUAACUCUCAGUUUGUCUUGGUGCUGAAUUGUUAAGUGAUAAGUAGUAUACUAUAAGUAUAUGUGAUGCAGUCAUGUAAAUAAGUUUAGUUUUGUUUAAUAGUAGUGUUAAUAAAUUUGGUGAUCUUAAAAUUAAUACUAUGAUAUGUACGUAUUCACUAUAAAACAUACAAAUGUGGCAACUUUACACAAGAAUGAGCUCAAAAGCAAAUUCUGUUCUGAAAAAUUAUUCAUUUUAUAAAAGCAGAUAUAAAACACCAAUUAUUUAGAAGCCACAUAAAUCUAAGACUUAUAUUGCUGCGUUAGAAUAUAUUUUUGUUUGUGGCUCAGUGUAGUGGAACCAUUUUGUGAAGUAUCUGGAGUUAAUUGUAAUAAACGGCCGUCGCAUCUUGACCGUUGCCAUUAAAUUGUAUUCUACUGCACAAUUUAAAGCUUAAAAAUAGUUGCAUUUCUUUUUAAACUGCAACACUUGUGUUGUACAUGUUUUAUAAAUUUUGAUAAUAUUUUUGUUAAAAAAUCCAAAUAAGCUUAAAGCAAAAAAUUGAUUUUGUCUUAAUCAAAACUGGUCAAAAUUGCUUAACUGCACUUAAUAUUAAGCAAAAAAAAUGUCGAUCAACAAGAGGCAAAAGCAUCUCCAGACGGUCGGCACAGUUAUACCGGCCUGCCUAAUAGCUUCUUCACGGUCCGCUUGAACUUUUUCGUGGUAUCGGAUCGGUAAUCGGUAGUAAUAAAAGACAUAGUUCAUAACACAAUUUUAUGAUAAUCUUUGAAAUAUAUUUUGAAGUUGGAUGGGUGGGUCAUGACUCCCAUAAACUGCAACCUGGUUACACAAACAAUUGCAAUAGUCUUGAACACUAUAACGACCAUAGACACCUCUGAACAGCCUUUCGAACUUUACUUAUUACUUAUACUUUUAAUUUGUGCGAUAGUUGCCACGUACUUGAAUAUAAUGUAUAAUUUAGAUUUUUCAAGCAUUUGAAGCCAUUUAUAAAUAUACGAUGCAAUUAGGAGUAAAAAUAUUUAUAUUAAGUCAAAAUGUGGUAUCAUUAGUGAUAAUAUUAUGUUUAAUAAUUAUAAUGUAGUAUUUAACAUUUGUACAGUGAUACAUAAACCAGUGCCUAUUAAUCACAUAGUGUGUUUGUAAUAUGUUUGUCAUAUCUUUGUGUGUUUACACUCAAUUAAUAAAACGCCUUAUGAAUAAA